CUAUCAAACUCCACAGCCCUGCUACAGUCUACAGCUGUAUAACGGUCCUCUCUCCUCGAGUCCUCUCUUGACGAGCAGACAGUCAACCAUGAUGCACUACAGCCAAAGCAUCACUUCUGGUCCCAGCAUGAUCAGACAGAGCCGCAGCUACACCUCAAGCUCUGCUCCACACAAGGCUCACAGCGUGUCAGGAGUCUCCUUCAGAGCAGCUCCCCGCAUCUCCUCUACCAAUGUGCGCACUGUCUCCUCUGGGUUUGGAGGUGGCAUGGGUUUCAGCAGCGGUGGGUUCGACCUGUCUAGUGCCCUGGACCAGAGAGCUGUGCACCUGAAUGAGAAGGCCACCAUGCAGAACCUGAAUGACCGUCUGGCCUCCUACCUGGAAAAGGUCCGCUCUCUGGAGGCAGCCAAUGCCAAGCUGGAGAUUCAGAUCAGAGAGUACUAUGAGAAGAAGGGCCCUGCAGCAGAGAGGGACUACAGCAACUACUGGGCCAUCAUCAAUGACCUGAAGGACAAGAUCGCUGCCGCCACCAUCGGCAAUGCCAACAUCCUGCUCCAAAUUGACAACUCUAAACUGGCUGCAGAUGACUUCAAGACCAAAUUCGAGCACGAGCUGAUGAUGCGCCAGUCAGUUGAGGCUGACAUUGCCAACCUGCGCCGCCUCCUGGACCAGACCACCUUGACCAAGGCUGACCUGGAGAUGCAGAUCGAGGGUCUGCAGGAUGAGCUGGCCUACCUCAAGAAGAAUCAUGCAGAGGAGCUGGCAGCACUGCGCUCUCAGCUUACUGGCACAGUCAACGUGGAGGUGGAUGCUGCACCCCAGCAAGAUCUCAACAAAGUUCUGGAAGAGAUCCGCGCCCAGUAUGAAAACAUCACUGACAAACAUCGUCGCGACCAGGAGGCCUGGUUUAAUGAGAAGUCGGCAGUCCUGACCAAAGAGGUGGCCAUAAGCACAGAGACCAUCCAGACGUCCAAGACAGAGAUCAGUGACCUGCGGCGCACACUGCAGGGCCUGGAGAUUGAGCUACAGUCUCAGCUCAGCAUGAAAGGAGCUCUGGAGAACACACUGGCAGAGACAGAGGCUCGUUACAGCCUCAUGCUCGGAGGCUUCCAGAACACGAUCAACAUGCUCGAGACAGAACUCGCCAACGUGCGCGCAAGCAUCGAACAGCAGGGACAGGACUAUAGGUUGCUGCUGGACAUCAAAACCAGGCUGGAGCAGGAGAUCGCUACCUACAGGAGCCUGCUGGAAACAGAGGAGUCCAGAACCAUUGGUUCAGGGGGCUCAAAGACCACAGUUACAACCACCACUGUGCGCACUUCCAGCUAGGAGGUCCAACUGGCAGGACAAGCUGUUCUCAGACUCACAUAUGCACAGACACACACACCCACACACAGUUUGACCAAUUAAAGUGGUUACACGAGAUAAGUGAAACUGUACUGAAAAAGAAAAAAGAAAGAAAAAAGAAAGACUGUUGAAAGUGAAUCCCUUUAAAGUUAGGUAUGAAAUAAUAUUGGAUAUUUAGAAGAAAUGA